AUGACGACGACACAUCCCGCUUUCGUCCGCACGCUCGCCAACCUCAUCAACAACGAGCGCGUCACGCCGACAGUGACGGACUUUGCCGAAGCCGACUUGUUUCCGUCGACCCAAGACGCUGCGACCGGCGCUCCCUUGACGCCGCUUCUCGCCACCGCAGCCACUGACGUCGAAGCCGCGCUCGCCGCCGCGGACGCUUUGCACAGCUCGGGCGUCUGGACCCGUCUCCUGCGUAGCUCCGAGCGCGACGUCGUGUUCGAGCGCUUUGCCACCGAGCUCGAGGCGCGGCACGAAGACAUUCGGAUCGCCGAAAUGAUCGACGUCGGCGACCGCAACGCCAUCUCCAACUACGGCCCCAGCGUCCUCCGCAACCCGUCGCAGCUGCGCAACGCGAGCCUCAAGGACGAAGCAGAGAACGUCGACGUGUGGGCACCGCUCGCGUCUGGAAAAGGCGCGCUCAGAGCCAUCCCGCUGGGUCCGAUCGCC